CGUAACUAUGUAUUUUCUUAAUUUAGUCCCAAAAACAGACAGUAGGGAGCACAACCAGACAUUUCUCAGAUACAAGAUAUGUACAAGGAGCCAAACGUGACCUUUGCUUCAACCAUGUUCUUCUGUGCUUUCUUUUGCAGAAUCUAACAUAUUGAUGAAGAGGAGAGCCCUCCCAUUAUUGGCAGUGUGUCCAAGAACACAUUUUGCAGCAAGAACAAGUUUUACUGUCUGUAAGGCGUAAGCUACCAACCUGAAUAACGACGUUUAAUGAGGUUUGGUGUUCGAAACCGGUAAUAUAGCCGAAAAUGUUUUUCAGGACAUCUUCUUUUGUCUAUUCUUUCAACGAUUUUCCAAACCCUAUUAGUUAUUACCAACACUUCCAUUUCGCGUCGUCUUCUCGGUGCCUGCAGCUUAGUCUCGUUGCCGCCGGUGCCGUCCUUCUUCUGCUCGCCCUACCUUCGCCAUCAUCACUUCCUCGAGCUGCUGCAGCUUCAGGAGCCGCCAGAAUUAGAUACGAAACCCAGCAACUCCACACAAAAAUAGCAGUCUUUCCAUUCUUCAAGUAAUUUCCACUUUCAAGUUACGGCGAUUACAAUAGAGCUAGGGCGAUAAUUUGCAAUCGCCAAGAAUGGAUAGGUAUUGGCUUCGGCAUCCGCGCGUAGCCCCCUUGAUUGCGUCGCAGUGUCAAUCUUUCUCCCUCAUCAACAGCAGCUGUAUCUGUGUUCAUCAGCCCCUCCUCCCAGGUUUGGUUGCCAAAUGGGUCUUUGUUUAGUGGGGACAAAAGAGAGACGUUGAGUAGCCGUGAGAUUCUCAAUUUCUUAGUAAGAAAGAAGGACGCGAGGAAGAUAUUGAAGCGCAAGGACAGUGACGCUGGGGAACGAGGUAUGGUAUCCCUACUCCAUCCAAGUUUUCCUUUUUGGUUUCCGAUUAACGGACGGCUAUUAGGUCGCUGGUUUGAAUGCGAAGAGUGAUUGUGCAUGUUGAUUCUUAGAGCUGAUGUAAUACGAAGAGUGAUUCUUGAUUGGGUGUAAUGGAGGAGGAAUGCAGUGUGACAGGGCGACCACAGCCAGGGACAUGCGGAAGGCAAUCAGAGCUGUGAACGAGGCAAUGAUUCAGAGACAUUUCAGUGGAGGAAAUGUGGAGUUUGUGCAGAAAACUGAAGGGAAUCGGCAGCUUUGGCUAACAUCACUUAAGUUCUUCAUUCACAACAGCUAUGUAUCUUAGCUUGUUCAAAUCAUCAAAUGUAAGUCGACUGCCCACCUUUUCAACCCUUGAGUACUAUAAGACCAGAUUGCAGUCAAUUAUUUAGACCAAAUGGCUUCAAUUUACUCAUUAUCUAUACCUAAUUGUCGUCCACUGAGACUCUCAGGUCUGCUUUGUUUAUGCAGUUAAUUGAUUUUUCCGCCCAAAGAUGGAGAAGUUUUGGGAGGGAAUUAAACAAACAAUAUUCAUUCUUGGUGGAUGGAUCACUCGUCCGCAGCCCCACUCGCAGCCCCAAUAUUCAUUCUAUAGGUUGUUAAACAAUUCACCAGCCUCCCCACUUGCAGUUGCAGUCGUAGUUCUGGGAGGGUUCCCAUGUCAUUUAUCGGAUUUGUUGAAAUUUCCUUGGCAAUGUUAUAUUCUGGGAAAACCUCAAUUCCCUCUUACAGAUCCUUUGCUCCCCUGUUUUCCGCUGCUUUUCCAGGGAUCUAAAGCCUGUGAGAGUUCAGAGUCUUCCUCCUCUCUUGGUUCGAUCUUGCUCCCCUGCUUUCGCUUGUCGUUGCUGUUACCCUGGUUUUUCCUUGCUGUCUCUCUUUCUCUAGCUUCCUUGAUUUCCCCUUGCUUUUUCGCCCUCUUUAUUUUAUUUAGUUUAUUCCGAUCUCCCUGUUUUCCCAUUGCUUUCUAUCUAUUAUCCGCUGUUUUUCUUAUCCAUAAAAGAAAAAACCCUCAUUUUUCUCCUUCUUUUGCUCUCUCUUGUUCUAGCUCCUCUGCGUUUUCCCUCAAAUGGCUCAAAUCAUCCUGUUCCCGGUUGCAAACUUCCUCCUUGGCAUGGCAUCCGACUUGGCCAAGGAGGAGAUUGGACUGCUGUGGAAUUUCAGACGCGAGCUCAGCAAAUUCAAGGCCACCGUCUCCACCAUCCAGGCCGUGCUCCGUGAUGCUGAAGAGAAGCAGGCCCACAGUCACCAAGUCAAAGACUGGCUCGAGAAGCUCUCAGAAGUCAUGUAUGAUGCCGAAGAUCUGCUUGACGAUCUCGCUACCGAGGCUCGCAGGAAGGCCGUGCUAGCAGCUACAACAGAUGAUGCUGGUGGCAGGAGGAGGAUGUCAGCAACGACUUGUUGGAGUGUCGUUUGCUUCCUGUUAUCGUCACUUCCCAAGCAAUUGGUGUACGACCUCGAGAUGGCUCAUGCUAUCAAGGACAUCAGGGAGAAGCUUGACGAUAUGGCGAAAGACAAAGACGUCCUGCAUCUGGAAGUUGAUACUUCUGAGGAAGAAACUCUUCCUUCCAGGGAGACUGAUUCCUGCCCGCCAACGAUUGUGGUUGGGAGGAAAAAUGACAAGAAGAAGAUCAUUGAGCUACUGCUGAAUUGCAACCCAGAAGCCAACAUUUCAGUUGUCUCAAUCGUUGGAAUGGGUGGGCUGGGAAAGACUACUCUUACUCAGUUUGUAUUUGAUGACGAUCAAGUUAAAGGUCACUUUGAUAUCAAAGCUUGGGUCUAUGUUUCACAGAGCUUUGAUGUCCAAGUGAUUCUCUUAAAGAUGUUGGAAUCGAUAACUGGUCAGAAAGUGGGCGAUCUCACGUCAGAUGCUUUACAAGCUCAACUCAGAGGGAACAUCGAAGGCAAAAGGUUUUUGCUUGUGUUGGAUGAUGCUUGGGAGGAGAGCAGGCGCAGUUGGGAGAAAUUGGGAAAUUAUUUGGCGGUCGGUGCUCUUGGAAGUAAAGUGCUGGUGACUACUAGAUCCACUAGAGUGGCGGAGUUUGCUGGCGGAGCUCUAAAGUCGAGAACAAGUAACAGCAUUGUGGAGCCUUAUAAAUUGGAAGGCUUGUUAGAAGAAGAGUCUUGGAACUUAUUGGAGGAAAAGGCCUUCCCAGGAGAAGUCCCGCAAGAACGACAACUGCAAGAAAUUGGUAAAAAAAUACUGAGGAAGUGUGGUGGGGUUCCUCUAGCUGUGAGCACCAUAGCUGGUGUGCUAGUAGAUACAAAAAAUCCAAAGAUUGAGUGGCCAUCUUUUCUACAAAAAAGCCUUUCGAGCAUCACAAAAGAAGGAGAAGAAGAAGAUCCUACUAUGUCAGCUCUCAAACUCAGUUUCAAUCACCUCCCUUCCCAUAUGAAGCAUUGCUUUGCUUCUUGUAAAUUGUUUGGCAAGGGUGAAAAGCUCCUUAUAGACUUUUUGAUUCAACUUUGGGUAGCACAAGGGUACAUUGAGUCGGAAGAUAAAGGUUUUGACUGCUUCAAAACAUUAUGGUGGAGAUCAUUCUUCCAAGAGGUGCAAAUGGAUGAGUUGGGCAAUAUGUCAACAUGCACAAUGCACGAUUUGAUGCAUGACCUAGCUGGCUGGAUAGCUGGAGAAAAUAUCAUAGUAACUUCAAGUUUCAUGAUUCUAAAAAAUAUUCCUUCAAAGACCCGUCACUUGUCCAUAAGGGAUGAUGGUGAUCAGAGAGAAGAAGAUCAUGGUGGUGAUGGUCUGGGAAAUGCAAGCCAGGUGCGAACUCUUAUGUGCUGGAAGACUCUUACAAGCAACGAAGUUCAACAAGUCAUUAACAACUUCAUUCGCUUGCGCCUACUAAUAUUUCAGUGCGAAGAUCCAGGCUCAGACGACGAAGACAGGUCAAUUUUGGAUGCUUUUACUUCAAUGAAUUUUGAUAAGUUGAAGCAUUUAAGAUUUCUUUAUUACAAUUGCAACGGAAGGAAAGAACUGCCUAACUCAAUUAGUAACUUAGUUAAUCUGCAAGUACUGGCACUCGGUGACGCCGAGUCACUAGAGGAACUACCAAAGGGUAUUGAGAAGCUUGUUAAUUUGAAGCAUUUUGAGCUCGAAGCAAAGGAUGAAGGACAUGCAACCCAUAUGCCAAAAGGGAUAGGGAAGUUGAAGUUUCUCCAAACGCUAUCAAGUUUUGUAGUGGGGAAGAGGAGCGGUAAUGUUAGUAAUGACAGGACAUUUGGGGCUGAGUUGGAUGAGCUGAAAGGGUUAAAUGCAUUGUGUGGAGAAUUGGUAAUUAAAGGCCUAGCAACUGCUGAAUCUCCAAGAGCAGGUGUUUAUGUCUUGAAUGAAAAGCUACAUCUCGAAUCACUUGUUUUAGAUUGGAGCAGAGAUUAUGACACUGGUGACGAUGUUGAUCGUGUUACUUCCUUGUCUACUCAUGAUGAAAGGAUAUUGGAAAUGCUGAAGCCACACUUUAAUCUGGAGAAGUUGGUCAUACAUGAAGGUUAUGAAGGGGUGAAGAUUCCUAACUGGUUGUCUGGCCUUACCAAUUUGGUUGAGUUCUCAUUACAAGAUUGCUACAGAUGUGAGUACCUCCCCUCGCAAAUUCAUCAAAUGUCGAGUCUGAAGAAGCUUACAAUUGAAUAUUGUCCACUGUUGAAGGGCAUUGAUGAUGAUGGCCAUCAUCAUGAUUCUUCAUCGAUAGAGGAAGAGGAUUGCGAAUGGCCUCGAUUUCGUUGUCUUGCCGACUUGCGCAUUCAGAGUUGCCCAAGGCUAACUCGGUUGCCCACUUUCCCUACCAUUGAAGGCGAGUUGGAGUUGGUAAAUGUGAGCUUGGCACCAUUAGCUAGGACUAUGAAGAUGAAGAUGAGGAGAGAAGGAGGUGUUGGUUAUACGGAUGACUUUGAUGCAAAUAUCCAUCCUCUUCGUACUUCUUCUUCUUCUUCGGUAUUGGUGCACUCACUCUCCAAGCUUACCAAGUUGACCUUAGAGAGAAUUGAUGACGAUCUUGAAUCCCUAUCACAUCAUGAUUCGAGUAGUUGUCUCGUAUCUCUUCAGGAGUUGAGAAUUUGGGGAUGUUGUCGAGGGGUAAAGCUUCCUAGUUCACUGUGUUCCAGUGUGUGCUUGAAGGUGAUUCACUUACAAGGAUGUGAGAUGGUAGAGUACCUGCCACCCCUACAUGGACUCCCAUCCUUGAGAGAACUUACUAUUCAGUAUUGUCCGAAUCUGAAGGGAUGUUGGUGGAAGAAAAAGAUGGGGAAUAAUGAUAAUUAUGAUGAUGAUGAUUAUUAUAACUUUGAUCCUUUAACGGAAGGAGAGGAAGAGGAAAGGGAAGAUGAGGAGUGGCCCCGUUUCCCUUGUCUUUUGGCAUUGGAUAUUGUAGAUUGUCCAAACCUGACUCGGAUCCCUCUGUUUCCAACGGUUGAAAGGUUGAAGCUGGAGGGAACCAGCUCAAAGGCGCUAGUGCGGACAAUGAAGAUGCAAGUGGCGGGAGCCGUUCAUCACGAUUCUCAGCAACAUUCCACUACAACAGCAACUACCUCUCCUUCUUCCCUGAGGACUGCGCUGGAUAGGCCGCUAUCUAACUUGGAAGAGUUGGAACUUGGUGGAAUGGACGAGCUGGAAUUUCUACCAGAAGAAGGCCUCUGCAACCUCACUUCUCUCCGUGAUUUGACGAUUAGCUAUUGUCCAAGAUUAGCAACUCUGCCUCCAGCAAUGCAACACCUUACCUCUUUACACGAACUGAAAAUUUGGCGGUGUCCUCAGUUGACAAUAAGAUGCCAAAAGGGUGAAGGCGAAGACUGGCCCAACAUUUCCCAUAUCCAUGAGAUAACACUGGACGAAACUUAUCUCCAAGAUCUAAAGUGAGACGAUGAUAGCAGCUUCUGUGUACAAGUUGACGAAGAGCGACCGUGAUAGUGUACAACCAGGAAACUCAUCGUCGACAUGCAUAAUAUCCAGACAGGUAACGGAAUUUAUCUCUUUUGUCAGGAAAGGUGGUUCUGCUGUGCAAUCUUUGCUUAUAACGGAUGUUCAGGUUGCAGACCAGCAGUAUUACCACUAGAUCAAGCACAUGUUCACGAUCAAUGUUAAAUGUUAUAUGAUCUUAAGCGCACGCCCUCCUGUGUUUGAUAUGAAACCAGCUUGGUGAUCUCUUAAUUGCUUUUAUGCUGUGUGCUAACAGGGGCUCAUUCCUGGAGACCAUCGUGAUCCCAUGGGAUAGCUGUAAUGGAGGAGGAAUGCAGUAUGACAGGGUGACCACGGCGAGGAACAUGGGGAAAGCGAUUAGAGCAGUGAACGAGGCGAUGAUUCGGAGCCAUUUCGGUGGAGGAGAUGUGGAGUUUGUGGACCGGUUGUUUCAGACGUUCGGUAGGGUCAUGGUGGAUGACACUGAAUGAAGUUGAGCAUGUCAGUAUUGUUGUCUCUGUUGUCAAGAAACAAUCAACCGUUUGAGUAUGUUAGUACUGUCGAUGGCUUUGUGUGAUCUACUUGGUAAUAUCAUUUGCACUCAUAUUUCGAUUUCAAGUGUAUUAUUAUUGAGACUAUCUUUGCUGAAUUUUUUGAUUGAAAUUUGAAUCUGAGUAUCUUUUAGAUUGACUGUUGGCGUCGAUGUUUAAGUGUCGUCAAACGUUGUUAAUUUUUUAUGUAUGUUUGGAGGGGUAGCGAUGACAAAUAAUGAUUGAAUAUAGGAGUUUAGUGAUG